AUGCCGCCCCCGGCCUUCGACCUCGCCUACCCGCCCUCCCUCGAGCCCUACAACACGCCCGCGCGCGCCUGGCUCGCCGCCAACGCCAAGUCGUGGGACGGCCUCGCGACGGGCGCCCUCGUCUUCGACCGCCGCGGCCGCGUCCUCCUGGUCCAGCGCGCCGCCCACGACAGCAUGCCGCUGCGCUGGGAGACCCCCGGCGGCGGCGCCGACGACGACGACGCGAGCCUGCUGGCCGCCUGCGCGCGCGAGCUCUGGGAGGAGGCCGGGCUCGAGGCCGUCGAGGUCGUGCGCGUCGUCAGCGAGGGCGCCGCGAGGGAGCCCGGCAGCGUCUUCACGAACCGCACGGGUACGGCCGUCUAUUGCCGCUUCGCGUUCGAGGUCCGGGUGAGAGAGACUGGGGACCGGGACGGGGACGGGGACGAGAUGGAGGUGAGGAUCGACCCGGAUGAGCACGCCGACUAUGUCUGGGCUUCGGAGGAGGAGGUCCGGAGGGAGAGGGUCGGGGACAAGGAGAUCCCGAUCACGAACGGGCAGAUGGCGAGGCUGAUUCUUGACGGGUUCCGGAGGAGGAGGGAGGAGCCCGUGGAGGGCGAGAGGAAGGUCGUCCAAGGAGGCAACACGGUAGGCAGACACAGGUGGGAAUAUCAGGACAUUCAGGACUGA